ACGGCCUCCUGAGUCUGGCUAGCCCCACCUCUGUACUUCAAAAAGGUCAGAAUUUCAUUUGGGCCCUUACAGCAGUAACUGAUUUUCGCAAGGACAUCUCUCUCGGUUAUAUUAAAGCAGCCUUGUUUUUGUCAAACAAUGGACUCAAGUCUUACUGUAAAUGCCCCAGCAAUAAAUGAGGGCUCUCAAAUCGUCAAUGGUGCCUGUGAACUGCAAGAUGCAGCAUUACUAGUUACACAGCCAGAGUUUGCACCACAGAAUACCUCUACAAAAUCUUCAAGACUUAGUCAUAGUCGGAAACGAAAGCAGGCCGGUUCUAUUCUCCGUGAUAAAAGGACAUGCCCGGACAAUACACUAGUUUCUGAAGCGCAACCUCGAGAUACUGCCACAGAUUUUAUUAAAACAGUUGAAAACCUAUUAGGAGCUGGAGAAGGCACAAAUUCCUGGUCUGCUGCGUUGGCAAGGGUCUUAGAAGCUAACGGUGAUGCGAUAGUACCGGAUACUACUACCGUCCUGACAUCGUCUUUGGACCCACAUACAUCUGCUGUGGUUAAUCUGCCACAAGUGGUUGGAGCCGAUGUUGAGCCUUCUGUGAUUUUUGAACAAUCUCUACCUGCAAAUCAGGAUCAUUUCAAUAAGUUGUUGCUGAGUUUGACUGCACAAGUGAAAAGACAGAAUGAAGUCAUCGCUGCAUUAAUUUCGAAGUUUACAGAUCAAGAGGCAUUGCUGAGAAGCCAGACUGAAGGUAUCGCUGCAAUAAUUACGAGGACUACAGUUCAAGAGGCAUUGACCAGACUUAUAUUUGAAGCGCUCCAGAAGAUGUCUGAAGAACAAAAUUUGAUGAACAGAAAAUUGAUUGACCGAUUGGAGAACAUUGAAAAAAACAUGAGAGAAAAAGCGUUACAAUUACGUGAAAUGAUAAACACAAUUAACCAGAUCCAUAAACACAUUUUUCAACAUGAAGUUAUAAAACCUGUGCCUGUAAUGGUAGAGCUCUCAAGUCCCCAAAUACGUGAAAUGCAGAAUGAAAUGAUUCAGAUUUUUGAAACAAAUUUGUUACAAACAGGUUAUGGCGGAGAAAAUUCUGCCGAUGAUUCGAAUUCACCAGAUACUCUUACGGGUUUAAAUCAGAGUGACGUAGACAUACUAGUGCGUGAUGGAGGGACAGAAGAUGUUUAGCAUCCACAUCACAUCUGUUAACAGGUACAGUUACAUCAGAGUUUGAAUAGUCUACUCAU